AUGGCUGCCAACCGCACUCUUUUGCUGUGUGAUGAUCCGAAAUAUGUUUUUCAGUCCUUCAACAAUCUGGGUAACUGCUACACCGCAACUGGAGAAGCAGGAACCUCGAACUUCACCAAGAUUGUGGAAAGAUGCCUGACCGAUUACUGCAAGAAUCGAUAUCCUGAUCUAGGUGGCUGUGAGAAUUGGCACGGACCUACAGCUCUUCCAUUUGUUGUUAGCACGACGACAAGCAACCAGUAUUUCUGGAACAACGCUACCUGCGCUGGGGUCAGCAAAGGGGUCAAUACAGACAUUGGAGGGCCUGGCGUAGGUCAUUUCAACCCUACCCACUGA